AUGUUAGCGAAAUUACUUCUUCUCGCUUUGGCGGGACUCACUGCUGCCUACGAGUACGAGAACCACUUCAGCGGCUAUAAGAAUGGAUUCGAAUACGGGUACCAGAACGCCUACCAGGCUGCGUUCUACAAGUACCGUCCGAAUGUAACUGAAUUCGAGUUCAGCUCGUGGAUGCCAAACCGCGAGUACGUCUACAAUGUGACGUCCAAGACCAUGACCGCUCUGGCGGAACUGGACGACCAAUGGACUGGGGUCUUCACCCGUGCAUACUUGGUUGUUCGUCCUAAGAGCCGGGAUUAUGUCGUUGCCUACGUCAAACAGCCCGAAUAUGCCAUGUUCAAUGAGCGUCUGCCACACGGAUAUGACACCAACAUGCAUAGAAAUUUCAACUUCCGCCCAAUGCCCAUGAGCACCAAGCCAUUCGGAAUUCGGUACCACAAGGGAGUCAUCAAGGGACUGUACGUCGAGCGGACCGUACCUAACAAUGAAGUGAACAUCCUGAAGGCUUGGGCCAGCCAGUUGCAAGUUGACACCCGUGGUGCCAACCGAAUGCACUCUAGCCAGCCUGUUCAUCCAUCCAAGGGUGAAUGGAACGGUCACUACAAGGUUAUGGAGCCGCUAGUUACUGGUGAAUGUGAAACUCACUACGACGUCAAUCUGAUCCCCGCCUACAUGAUCCAGUCUCACGAAUACUGGGUUCCACGACACCAACUGCGCGAAGAAGAUGACCAGUUCAUUCAAGUCAUCAAGACUCAAAACUUCGACCGUUGCGAGCAGCGCAUGGGAUACCACUUUGGAUUCACCGGAUACAGCGACUUCAGGCCCAACACAAACCAAAUGGGAAAUGUUGCUUCUAAAUCAUUGGUAUCUUACAUGUACCUAACUGGAAACUGGUACAACUUCACCAUUCAAUCAUCCAGCAUGAUCAACAAGGUCGCCGUAGCUCCUUCUCUUGUGAAUAAGGAACCAGCUAUUGUGUUCGCUCAAGUCAACUUGACGCUUCAUGAUGUUCACAUGUAUGAUAAGGUCCCAAUGGGUCCUGCUGAGGAUCAGAAAGUCUUUGUUGAUCUAGUCUACAGCUACAACUUGUCAAGCGAUAAGAAAAACAACGUUCGCCCGGGCAACGAGACUGAAUCUUCGUCGUCGUCGUCGUCAUCGUCGUCUUCCUCUUCAUCGUCCUCAUCAGAAUCAAGCUCCAGCUCCAGCUCCAGCUCCGAGUCUGAGGAAAACCCGAAAGUAAGCCCAGUUGAACAAUACAAAGCUCAGCUGGAUCGUGUUGAGAAACGUGGAAACCGUAACCGCCGUGAUCUGAACGCAAUCAAGGAAAAGAAGUACUACGAAGCCUACAAACUGGAUCAGUACCGUCUGAGUCGAUUGAACGAUACUUCGUCCGAUUCCAGCAGCUCUGAUGAUUCUUCAUCAUCUAGCUCUUCGGAAUCCCAUGAGCGCCGCAAUGGCACCUAUUCCGAUUCCAGCUCCUCAUCAUCAUCUUCUUCUUCCGACUCAUCAUCGUCGUCUGAUUCGUCGUCUUCUUCCUCGGAAUCUUACUCUUUGAGCAGCGAAGAAAUCUACUACCAGCCAAUACCGACCAACUUCACUUACGCUCCUGAAGCCCCGUUCUUGCCAUUCUUCACCGGAUACAAGGGAUACAACAUCUUCUAUGCACGAAAUGUCGACACCCUGCGAACGGUCGGCAAUCUUGUCGAGGAAAUCGCCAAUGACCUGCAAAACCCAUCCACCUUGCCAAAGGCCAACACACUGAGUAAAUUCAACAUCCUUACUCGCGCAAUCCGUGCCAUGGGAUACGAAGAUAUGUACGAGUUAGCUCAGAAAUAUUUCGUUUCCCAGAAGGAACGUCAAGUGGCCCAGUUCUCUGAUAAGAAGUUCAGCAAGCGUUCCGACGCUUGGGUGGCAAUGCGUGACGCCCUUGCCGAAGCCGGCACUCCAUCCGCCUUCAAACUGAUUUGUGAUUUCAUCAAAGAGAAGAAACUUCGUGGUUAUGAAGCUGCUAUUGUGGUUUCUACUCUGGCCCAAUCCAUCCGCUUCCCAACUGAACAGCUCAUGCACGAGUUCUUCCUGUUGGUAACCAGUGAUGUCGUCUUGCACCAGGAAUAUUUGAAUACUACUGCUCUGUUCGCGUUCUCCGAAUUCGUCAACAGAGCUCACGUAAGCGACCGCUCAGCCUACAACUACUACCCAGUAUUCAGCUUCGGACGUUUGGCUGAUGCCGAUUACAAGAUCGUCGAACACAAGAUUAUUCCUUGGUUUUCACACCAAUUGCGGGAGGCCAUCCACAAUGAAGACAGCAUCAAAAAACAAGUCUACAUUCGCUCUCUUGGAAACCUUGGCCAUCCUGAGGUGAUGUCAAUCUUCGAUCCAAUAAUUAACUCUACAAUUGAACUUACUGUUGCGGACCGUUUGAAUAUAAUUAUUUGUCUUGACGCAUUAAUUAAAAGCGUACCAGAAGAUCUCGUAGAGACGUUGUUCGGAGCCUACCAGAAUAUCGCCGAUACCAACGAAAUACGUAGCACUGCUGUUUAUAUGUUGAUGCGCACCAACCCACCAGCUCAUGAGCGCAUGGCUGAAUUCACUCACUACGACCCAAGCCCCUACGUACGAUCUGCCGUCAAGUCCGCCAUUGAAACUGCUGCUAUGGCCGAUGACUAUGAUGAUAAUUGCGAACUUGCCAACAACGCCAAGGCUGCUCUCCCAUUCCUGAUGGCAGAAGAUGCCAGCCCUCAGUUCUCUAACCAACCACAUCCGCAGCUACUUGUGAAGAAUCUUGAUCUCUCCUAUCGCAUGUACUACGGAGAAAUCGCUUCCGAUGACCAUCGUUACCCGAAGGGUAUGUUCUAUCACUACACGUGAAAGCAACAAAUGGGUGGAUUCAAAAGGAAGUACCUCCACUUUUACUACAUGCUUUCGAGCAUGGAAGCUUUCUUCGAUCUCUUUGAGAAGCAAUUCAGCACUAAAAACUUUGCUGACUAUUACAAAUCGGCUGACUACAGCACAAACUUCUACAACUUUGACAAAUACUCCAAAUAUUACAAGCAGUACUACUAUAACAAGGAUAGCGAAUACUACCAGAAGUACCACGGGCAGAAAAAGGACUUUAACGAUAAGGAACCGCCCAUGUUCACCGCACCUCGUAUUGCCAAACUGCUCAACAUUGAUGCCAGAGAAGCUGAGAAAUUGCAAGGACAAUUUUUGCUCAGGUUAUUCAAUGGAUACAUCUUCCACGCGUUCGAUAACCAGACAAUUGAAAACAUCCCGCAUAAACUGAGACAUUUGUUUGAAGAUUUGGAAGAUGGCUACGCCUUUGACCUCACCAAAUUCUACCAACAGCAAGAUGUUGUUCUUGCCUGGCCGUUGUAGCUUGGUUUUCCAUUGUUACUACUGAAAGCUCCAACUGUUGUGGUCGAAAGGGUGGGUACUGCCAGGACUCACCCGCAAGUUUACAAACAGCCAGCUGGUCAUCCUGAAAACGAAAAUGAUGACUUCUUCUACAUCCCUCAGUCGUUGAACGGAUCUGUAGAUGUGAACUUGUUGUACCACCGCAUGGUUGAUGCCAAGGUUGGAUUCAUCACUCCAUUCGAUCACCAACGCUACAUUGCUGGCUACCAGAAAAAACUGCAAGGAUAUCUUCCCCUCAACGUUGAAUUGGAUUUGGACUUUGUCAAUGAUGAGUAUGAGAUGGAAAUGAAGUUCCAGGAUCCUAAAGAAGAUCAUUUGUUGUUCCACUUGAGCUCAUGGCCCUACACAGGAUUCAAAGACAUCACCGAUAUGCGCCCCAUUGCUGAAAACCCGAAUGCCAGAAUUGUGCACGACGAUGAUCAAACCACCAAGACCUUGGAGCACACUUUCGGUCAAGAUAUGACCGGUGUUGCUCUACGACUCCACGCAAAAUACGAUUCUGACCUCGUCAGCAUGCAACAGUUCUGGAACAUGAUCCAGAAGCACGACUUCGUCUCUGCUGUCAACCAUCCGUUCAUUUACCAACCAUAUGAAUACCAUCAGGUGAAUCUGUACUACGAUGCUCAACGCUCUCAUGCGAAAUCGUUCAAAUUCUUCGCUCAUCAGGGGUUCGUUGCCUGGCUUUCGAAGGAAACCAGGCACCAAAAGCAAUAACCACGCCGCGCGCACUCCGGAAGCUACUACGAAUCAAAUUAUAGACCCUUCGUAUACGGUGCGGGCGACCAACGUCACUCGGAACAGUUCUUACGCAAUUCUGCAUACCAAUUGUUAGAAGCAGUUUCUGUCAAUUAGCCCGACUUUGGUUUCGAGUUCUACGCUCCACAGCAGAAGAGUGAAUUUGUUUUCUCCACCGCAUUCGCCGAUAGUCCAGUAGAUUACACCUCUCGUCAGUUGUACUACUUCUAUGCCAGCCCAAUGUUCGCCAGCCAAUCAUUCUUCAAGGAUAUUCCAUUCAAGGGAAAACAGUUCCAGCUCUGCGCAACAGCUACAAGUGAAUUCCCCCGAGUUCCAUAUCUUAAGUUCUCGGACAUUGACAAGUAUUAUGGAGACGCUACUCUGGUACCCGACAUAUUGUGCAGUGAAUCAUUGAUACCCGAAGGUGGAGCCCACAUUUCAGUUAAGGGAAAGCAGAAGCAGACCAGUAAAUAUCGCGACUACCUGCGCUUCUCCGAUGUUGCAAAGACUUGCAAAGAACAAAUGGCCAAUGGAUAUUACCAGUUCGAGGAAUGCCAACAGGCUAUCGAUCUGGCUUACUACUACGACUUCUACGAUUACUCGUGCGAAUACAAGGACGUCGGUAUCGUUGCUAAGAAUCUCACCAACAAGUUCUAUAACUACUUCCAGUAUGCUUUCUAUCCAUACUUCGAAUCAAACUUCUUCUAUCACGGAAAGCCAAACCAAAUCAGGGCUCAAUUCGAAUGGGCACCUUAUGGUGAUUACUACAAUGCCUCGUUCUAUGGAUCAAGCUAUGCAUUCCAGGUCAUGAACUACCCUGUAGAAAACGACUACUCGACGUACUUCCCAUACUUCUUCAAGUAUACUUUCUUCCCGCGCUACCAGCCGUACUUCCUGCAUCGCCUACCAUCGCACAAGAGACGCGAUCGUCCCUACCAUGAACUCUCUGGUUACGAGCAGUUUGCCGGUGCGAGCCGUAAACCCCAGUACCCGUCAUGCUCGUUCUCCAGCGAUUAUUUCUACACUUUCGACGACAAGAAAUAUUUCUACGAUAUGGGUGAUUGCUGGCAUACAGUGUUGUACACCGUUAAGCCCGACUACGACUUCUAUGCUCAGCAAUCUCACUUCUACAACUCUGACUUCGAGUACAAGUACAAGAAUGGAUUCGAAGAGUACGAACAGUUUGCUGCUCUGGCCCGCCGUGGAGCUGACAAACAGCUGUACUUCAAGUUCCUGUUCGGAGACAACUACAUUGAAGUGUUCCCUAACAACGGAGAUGUUCCAUACGUGACAUUCAACGGACGUCCCUACGACAUCAGCCAGCACAACAUUGCCCACUUUGAAUACAGGGAAGGCUACGAAAGAAUUCCAUUCUUCUAUGCUUUUGCUUAUCCUAACAAGGAUUUGGAAGUAAGCUUCUUCGGAGGAAAACUGAAGUUCGCCACCGAUGGAUACCGUGCUCGUUUCUUCUCGGACUAUUCUUACUACAACAACUUUGUUGGUCUGUGCGGAACCAACAAUGGUGAAUACGUUGAUGAAUUCGUCACUCCCGACCAGUGCUAUAUGAGCAAACCUGAAUUCUUUGCUGCUUCAUACGCCAUCACCGGCUACAACUGCUCCGGACCAGCGAAGGCCUUCAACUACGCUUAUCAUCAAAAGGCAAAGGAACAUUGUGUUAAGCAUGAGAUUUACCACGGCAACUACAUCUACGCUCAUGAAAAUUCUCACCCUCGCUAUCGCUUCUACAACCACAACGUCGAAGAUUCGUCCAGCUCUUCGUCUAGCUCUUCUUCCGAUUCUUCGUCCUCGUCCUCAUCGGAAUCCAACUCUCGUGAUAGAUCUUCCGAUUCCAGCUCCAGCUCCGAAGAGAACGAACAAAAGGAAUAUCACCCACACCGCCAAGAGCACACUCUGAAGGAAUGUCCGGUUCAGCACCAGCAUCAGUAUAUCGAACAGGGCAAUCAACAUGCUUCCACGCUGCGUCCGCUUCCAGUCUGUCAUUCCAAAUGCAUGGCCACGGACAAGAUCAGCAAGUACGUCGAUGUCCACUGCUUCGAUAAGGACUCCUCCGAAGCGAAGAAAUUGAAAUCCGAUAUUGCCCGCGGCAAUAAACCAGCUCUUACCAGAUAUUCAUCGGACAAGACCUACAAGUUUAACAUUCCGAAGAGCUGUGUCUAUAGAGCUUACUAAAUGAACUGGACAACUGAAGACCCCCUUUCUGUAUGAUGAAUCUAUGAAACGAAAAAAAUAAAC